CUCUGCCUUCUUAAGCCAGCGAGAGCGAGAGCGCGAGCCACAGCGCUGAGCUGGAGCAAGGCUGUGUCGCCCUGUCCCAGCCUGGCCCGUGGCAGCGCUCCCGGCUGCAGCUGCCCUAGACCACAGCAGCUUGGAAGCACCCCUCCCGCAGUGAUGGAGAAAACUUCUACAGAUGCACUUCCUCUUUAUACGAAUUUUUCGGAAAAGCAAGAGACUAUAUGUAUUUUUGGAACCGGUGAUUUUGGAAGAUCACUGGGACUUAAAAUGCUCCAGUGUGGUUAUUCUGUGGUUUUUGGAAGUCGAAACCCACGGAUGUCCAGUCUGCUGCCCAGUGGUGCAGAGGUGUUUAGCUAUUCAGAAGCGGCUCAGAAAUCUGACAUCAUCAUCCUGACAAUCCACCGGGAACAUUAUGACUUUCUGACAGAACUAACUGAGAUUCUCAGUGAGAAAAUAUUGGUCGACGUCAGCAACAACCUCAAAAUCAAUCAGUACCCAGAAUCUAAUGCAGAGUACCUUGCUCAGCUGGUGCCAAGAGCCCAUGUAGUGAAAGCAUUUAACACCAUCUCGGCCUGGUCUCUCCAGUCAGGAGCUCAGGAUGCAAGUCGGCAGGUGUUUGUCUGCGGAAAUGACAGCAAAGCCAAGCAGAGAGUGGUGGAUAUUGUCCGUACUCUGGGACUGACUCCAUUGGAUCAAGGAUCUCUCAUGGCAGCCAAUGAAAUUGAAAACUACCCCUUGCAACUAUUUCCAAUGUGGAGGUUCCCCUUCUAUUUGUCUGCUGCUUUGUGUGUCUUCUUCUUUUUUUACUGUGUUAUAAGGGAAGUAAUCUAUCCUUAUGUUUAUGAAAAGAAAGAUACCACGUUUCGCAUGGCUAUUUCCAUUCCAAAUCGUGUCUUUCCAGUGACAGCACUCAUACUGCUUGCCUUGGUUUACCUCCCUGGUGUUAUAGCUGCCAUUCUGCAGCUGUACCGAGGUACGAAGUUCCGCCGAUUCCCAAACUGGCUUGACCACUGGAUGCUUUGCAGAAAGCAGCUUGGCUUGAUAGCACUGGGAUUUGCCUUCCUUCACGUCCUCUACACACUUGUGAUUCCUAUUCGUUAUUAUGUACGAUGGAAGUUGCAAAACACAUCCGCUACCCAGGCAACAUCCAAGAAAGAAAAUCCAUUUAAUACCUCUUAUGCCUGGCUCAGUGAUUCAUACGUGGCUUUAGGAAUCCUUGGAUUUUUCCUGUUUGUGCUUUUGGGGAUCACUUCCUUGCCAUCAGUUAGCAACAUGGUCAACUGGAGAGAGUUCCGAUUUGUGCAGUCCAAACUGGGUUAUUUGACCCUGAUCUUAUGCACAGCCCACACUCUGAUAUACGGCGGAAAGAGAUUCCUCAGUCCUUACAUUCUCAGAUGGUAUCUUCCUUCAUCCUAUGUGUUAGCACUCAUCAUUCCAUGCACUGUGCUGGUGAUCAAGUUUAUCCUCAUACUGCCAUGUAUAGACAAGACCCUCACAAGGAUCCGCCAGGGCUGGGAAAGGAAUACGAAAUUCUCAAAAUCACCAUUAAAUGGAAAAACAGAUAUUUAAAGCAAAGUUCAAUUCCACCUGACCGCUGAACCUGGAGUUCUGUAUUGUACGUUUAGAGAAGAAUAACAGGCACAGUUCAGAAAGCAUUUUUCGCCCACCACGGUCUGAAGUCUCUGAACAGAGAAGGAAAUGUUGCCUGACUUUGAGAAGAGAUUGGAAGAGAACACCAUUUUAUUUCGGAUUAGUGUUGAAUUAGUGCAGGUCCCUGUUUCUCCUUUUCCCAGAGACAAGCGGCGGCUGAGGUCAGAUUAGCUUUGUGGCAUGACACUUAGAAACUUCUUGUUGUGGGCACCAUGCAUAACCUAAUAUCUUGAAAAACCCAGGCGAAACACAUGCAACUUCCUUUUUCUGGUUCAAGAGCUGAAUGGAGUGAGAGAGAAAAAUAGUAAGAUGGUGGCCACUGAUAAGGGUUUUAUUAAGUAAGUCUGAAGAAGAGGGACAAAUUAAGAAAAAGGAGAUUAUUUUUUGUUUUGUUUUUUGGACAUGAAUGUGAUUAUAAAUAUUGCCCUAGUGAAUUCUGUAGUUAAAUGUGCUCUUUGAUUUUGCUUUUACCAAUAUAAAGGUGUACAGUGGAGAACUGUUUUAUAACACAAAAAUAUCACAAUUGAUUGGAAGCAUGGGUGGGAUAUAUGCAAAUCUAUACAGUUGUCAUAAGAUCCCAUCUCUACAAGGAAUAGGUGUAGGAAAGGCUGAGUUCAAAUC